AUGAGCGGAAUCGCCAAAAGCAAACUGGCUACCGCCGUGACCACUGCCGGUGGCCUCGGCCAGAUAGGGUUUCUGGAUGACCCCCAGGACCUCACAGACGAACUGGAACUCACAAAGAAGGCCCUAGCAAAUAUUGAAUCACAAACUCUUCCAAUUGGCCUUGGAGUGAUCGUCUUCGGAACACCGAUGAAACCCUGGCUGGACCUGUUCGCAAAAUACAAACCCGCUGUUGCAUGGUUAUCAUUCGCUAGCGCGGACGAGCUUAAAGAAUGGUCGGAGGGUAUUCGACGUGCCUCGCCACAGACGCGCAUAUGGAUUCAGCUAGGAAGUGUCUCUGCCGCUGUGGAGGUGGCGCAAGCAUGUCGGCCUGAUGCGCUUGUUCUACAGGGUAUCGAUGCUGGUGGUCAUGGGCAUGAGGACGGGGCUAGUGUUGUGUCUCUCAUUCCAGAGGUUACGGAUACUCUUUCCGAGCUUGGUUUUGAUAUUCCCUUGAUCGCUGCGGGUGGAAUUGUUGACGGGAGAGGCUGUGCGGCGGCAUUGAGUCUUGGUGCUUCCGCAGUAGUGAUGGGAACUCGGUUCCUUGCUGCUGAAGAAACUGCCAUUCCGGCCAUUUAUCGGAGUGCGAUAUUCGAGGCAUCGGAUGGAGGGCAGGUAACGGCGAGAUCGAGGGUGUUUGAUGAGAUUUGGGGCCCGAACUUUUGGCCGAAGACUUAUGAUGGACGGUGUUUGAAGAAUCAGGUCUAUCAACAAUAUACAUCUGGGGUUGAUAUACGGAAGAUCCGAUCGUGGUUGUCUAAUGCGAUGAAUGGCCCUGAUGCUGAGAGGUUGAGUGUUCAAGACAUGGGGAGCAUUUGGGCUGGGACGGGUGUUGGGAUGGUCAAGAGGCAGGAGAAGGCGGCAGACAUUGUUCAAGAAGUCAGAGGUGAUACAAUCAGGUACUUAGAGCGGGCAUUGAAGUAUCUGUGA